CUGGUUAGCAAAUCAAAGGCAGAAGAAGAAGGUGGAGGAGUGUCAGUAACUCUACUGUGCAGAGGUGGAUGUGUUCUUUUCCACAUCUGUUCUUUAAUUAAUCUUCGUCAUGUCUGCGAGAAACCCCGGGACUAAACUCGACCUGCAGUGGGUGUCUAAGGUGAGGGUGAACACUCAGGCCGUCCUCAAGAGAGCUCAGCAGAUACAGGGAUUGAAGACACCGAAGAAACAGUGGCAGGCAGCGUGGCUCCUGAAGGCGGUCACCUGUAUCGACCUGACCACUCUGGCGGGAGAUGACACUCCGUCCAACGUCCACCGUCUGUGUCUGAAAGCUGUCCAGCCAAUCAGAUGUGACCUGCUGAAGAGCAUGGACAUGCACAACAAAGGUGUAACCACAGCAGCAGUGUGUGUGUAUCCUGCACGUGUUCCUGAUGCUGUUAAAUCUCUUAAAGCUGCAAACUCUAGCCUACCUGUGGCUUCAGUGGCGACUGGUUUCCCAGCAGGUCAGACCCCGUUAGAGACCCGCCUUCAGGAAGUGCGCCUGGCGGUGUCUGAUGGAGCGGCAGAGAUCGACAUCGUCAUCAACCGAACACUCGCCAUCACGGGACAAUGGGAAG